AUGCUUCCUGUCAGUAACAACUGGGAACCCACGAAAUGCCGUUUGCUAGCGGAAGCCCUCUGCGAUCAUGUUCCCGCGGCUUGUCUCUCAGCAAAUGGACUGAUCGUCGAAUACAGCGCUGCCAUGCGCGAGUCGCUGUCGCCAGGCCAUGAUGGCGAGCAGGAGCUUCUACAUAGACCGUUCCUGGAGCUGAUUCACGUUGACGACCGGAGCGCGUUUCAGGGCUGUAUGACGCGGAGCCAUGCUCUUAACGCGGACAACAAAGCCACUGUGCUGGAAAUCCGGCUUCGGAGCACCGAAUCGCUCUCUGCCGCUCUGGAGGGGUGCUUCACCGCAGCUCAAAUGCCAGCCCAGACCCCUGUGGCUGCAGCUGCUGCAGCUGUACUCGCUAUAGAGAAUGAGCUGGACUCGCUAGUGGAGCGGCUGAAGGCUCUGGAGGGAAAAAUCUGUGAAGGCGUGUACAACGGGAAGUUCAAGCGGAUCUUUGAGAUAUCUAUGGAUCCGAUAUUUAUCAUCGGAGGCGACAGGCUGAUCCACGAGUGCAACGAGGCUGCAGUGCGCAUGCUGGGGCACCAAUCAAAGGCCGCCAUCUGUCACAAGCUCAGUGCCGCCGCCUUCUCCCCGGAGGUCCAGCCGGGCGGCGAGCGGACGGCAGAUAAGAUGAUUCGAUUCGUGGAGCCGCUGCUGCGAGGGGAGGCAUCGAUUGACGAGUGGUGGCACUAUGAUACUCGAGGGGAGCUGUUUCCGGUGCUGGUGAAAGUGCAGUUCCUAAGCGAGGAACACCCAGGGGAGGUGGUAUCUGUGUGGCAUGAUCUGCGGGAAACGAAGCGGCACGAGGAGGAGCUGAGGCAAGCCAAGGAGGCGGCAGAGGCGGCGAGUCAGGCCAAGAGCCAGUUCCUGGCGAACAUCAGCCAUGAGAUCCGCACCCCCAUGAAUGGUGUGCUGGGAGUGGCGGAGCUGCUGCUACAAACUCCAUUGACAGCCGAGCAGCAGCAGUACUGUGAGGUGAUUCGCUCGUCAGGGGAAAGCCUGCUGCACAUCAUAUCGGACGUACUCGAUAUAAGCAAGAUCGAGGCCCGGUCGCUAGCGCUCGAGUCAAUCCCGUUCCACCUGCAGCAGACAGUAGAGGACGCUGUGGCUGCUGUUGCUGUGCUGGCACGGCAGAAAGGGCUGAAUCUGGAGGUGGAAAUGGAUGGUUCUGUGCCUCGCUGCAUUGUGGGAGACCCCUCUCGCCUGCGCCAAGUGCUGCUCAACCUCCUCUCCAACGCCAUCAAGUUCACCCACCAGGGAUUUGUGAAGCUCCGGAUUUUCACAGCAAACUUCCCAACGGAGGAAGACUCUCAGGAUCGCGCAGCAGCGGCAGCAGCAACAACAACACCUUGCGUCGAGGCCCCUCAGAGCUCAACGGGGGGCGCACCAGACUCAUCAGCGGUAGAGGCAGCAGCAGAGGCAGCAGCUGAGGAACUGCAGGGGGGAGACAUGGAACUGGAAUUGCAGCAAUGUGGCUGUAGAAAUGGCUGGGGAAAGCGCAAGAGGGUGGGCUGCAGCAGUGCGAGGGAAGACUGCUGCAGGAAAGCAGACGCAGCAGGAAUAGCAGCAGAGAGGACCAGCGGGGAGGAGGGUGCUUGCACGGUUCUGAAGCGCAGCAAAAUGAGUUCUGGUGGAGAGGAGGCAGGAGGGAUUCACAAGGAGCAGGUGAGGGUGGAACUGGAGGGGAAGAGGCAAGCAGCGGCAGUGAUGGCAGAGACAACCAGAGAGGACACACAUGGGAGGGAGGAUUUCAAUGAGGUGUCCCGAGUGCCCGUUGAUGCGUCUCAAGAGCCCGCAUGUGGGAGGGGAGACUCAGAAGAGGAGGUUGCGUCAGUGCACUUAGAGGCAAAUAAAGAAGCAGCAUUUGGGAAGAGUAAUUUCAAAGAAGAAGAGAUAACAGUGCGGUUUGAGGUGGUUGACUCGGGCAUCGGUAUCCCCCCAGCCUUGCUCCCGCGCCUCUUUCAACCGUUCAUGCAGGCAGAUGAGUCCACCAGCCGUAGAUAUGGGGGUACCGGUCUCGGCCUCGCCAUCUGCCACUCGCUCGUUACUCUCAUGGGUGGCACCAUCCAUGUGUCCUCGGUGGCCAAUCCACAACCUGCCGACCAUGUGCCCGUGGCUGGAUCUGCAGGUGAUGCGUAUGCAGGAAGCCGGAACUCCGUGAGUCCCACCAGCACAUUCACUACUCUCACCAGCCUCAUCAGCCCUACCAAUCCCACCUGUCGCACUAUUCCCCUAGCUGCUGAUCCUACUGCAGGUUCAGCAGCCUCGUCUGAUGCUGCUGAUACUCAACCAGGGCAUGGCACCAUGUUCCGCUUUUCUCUGCCCUUUAAAGUGGCCAGCACAACUUGUGAACCUUCCAGGGUAGAUGCUUUAGAUCGGCUGGUUGAGCCCUGUGCUACUACUGCUCCCAGUUUGGCGGAUGCCUGUGCUGCAACUGCUGUCGCUGCUGCUUUGAGUCCACUUUCCUGGUCAGUGCAAGAAAGUUUGCGUCUAGUGGGAGAGGGGUUGGAUAACGUGGUUGAAGCAGAGAAACAGCAGCAGGACUCAGAGGGCGGACCACAGGAGCAGGGCAAGCAGCAGAUGAAUGCCAAGGAGGAAGCCAAAGAGAGCAAGGUUGCAGUCGCUCAUCAAUGGGGGAUGCAGGAUCCGCUGCGAAUAGAUCAGAACCAUGAGGAUGUUCAUGUGAUUUCAUCCAGUGAGCAAGUUACAGGAGCUUCUCUACCAGUGAAGGCACCAGAUUUGCUGAAAUUGCCUCCUCGGUCACCACUGUCAGUCUCAUUUUCUGGAGUGCGGUGUCUGGUGGUUGAGGAUAACGCAGUGAACCGCAUGGUGGUGGUGCGUCUGCUGCGGAGCCUGCAUGUGAACAGUGACGUGGCUGAGAAUGGCGUGCUUGCUGUCCAGGCAUGCAGCAAUAAGGAGUACGAUCUUGUGCUCAUGGAUGUCCACAUGCCUGAAAUGGACGGCUUUGAAGCCACCUGCAACAUCCGGGCCCUCGAAGCACACCGGAGGGUAGGCUACUUUGUCUACUGA